CCUCUGGCGGCGCGGCGGGAAGCGGGUGGAUGGACGGGAGGGCGGCGUUGCCCGCCUGCCUGCCUGCCGAGGGGCUGCGUCUGGCGGCGGCGGCGUGACGCUGGCAGGGAAUUCCCGCCCGAUCUGUGGGGGCGCGUGCCUGGGCAAGGAGCAUGAGCGAGGUUCCAAGUAUAAUCCUGCCACAACAGAGAUUAUACAUUGUGAAAUAGAUGAUGCCUUGGUGUCAUAUCCCAAAUCUGCAGGCGUGUUUUGGUUUACAAUGGUUGAUACAGAAAUGCCGUUUUGGCCCAUGAACUUUGGAAUUAGCCCAGUGGACUUCUCUGGGAUGGAUGAACACUCGCAUUCCUUUGAUAUAAAGCCUUUCACUACAGUUGAUUUUUCAAGCCUUUCUUCACAACAUUAUGAGGACCUUCCUCCUCUCACAAGAACUGAUCAGAUGGCUGUUGACUAUAAAUAUGACGUGAAGUUUCAAGAGUGCCAGAAUGAAAUCAAGAUGGAGCCGCCUUCUCCACCAUACUACUCAGAAAAAGUGCAGAUGUACAAUAAACCUCAUGAAGAGACCUCCAAUUCUCUAAUGGCUAUUGAAUGCAGGGUUUGCGGAGACAAAGCGUCUGGAUUCCAUUAUGGCGUGCAUGCAUGUGAAGGCUGCAAGGGUUUCUUUCGCAGAACAAUCCGGCUAAAGUUAAUCUAUGAUCGGUGUGAUCUCAACUGUCGCAUUCAUAAGAAAAGCAGAAAUAAAUGUCAGUACUGCAGAUUCCAGAAAUGCCUUGCAGUUGGAAUGUCACAUAAUGCUAUCCGGUUUGGGCGAAUGCCACAGGCUGAGAAGGAGAAGCUCUUGGCGGAGAUUUCAAGUGAUAUCGACCAGCUAAAUCCCGAGUCUGCUGACCUGCGGGCCCUUGCCAAGCUCCUGUAUGAUUCAUACAUAAAGUCCUUCCCGCUAACCAAAGCCAAGGCGAGGGCGAUCUUGACAGGAAAGGCAACAGACAAAUCGCCAUUUGUCAUUUAUGACAUGAAUUCCUUAAAGAUGGGAGAAGACCAGAUCAAGUGCAAACAUCUGACCCCCAUGCAAGAGCAGAAUAAAGAGGUUGCCAUCCGCAUCUUCCAGCGCUGCCAGUUCCGUUCCGUCGAGGCUGUUCAAGAGAUCACAGAAUUUGCCAAAAACAUUCCAGGUUUUGUAAAUCUAGACCUGAACGACCAAGUAACUCUCCUGAAAUAUGGGGUUCAUGAGAUCAUCUACACACUCCUUGCCUCCAUGAUGAAUAAAGAUGGUGUUCUCAUUUCCAAUGGUCAAGGGUUCAUGACUCGGGAGUUCCUGAAGAGCCUCCGGAAACCCUUUUGUGACUUUAUGGAGCCCAAGUUUGAAUUCGCUGUUAAAUUCAACGCACUGGAAUUAGACGACAGUGACCUGGCAAUAUUUAUAGCUGUCAUCAUUCUUAGUGGAGAUCGCCCUGGAUUAAUAAAUGUGAAGCCCAUUGAAGAUAUCCAAGACAAUUUGCUGCAAGCUUUAGAACUCCAGUUGAAGCUGAAUCACCCAGAGUCAUCACAGCUGUUUGCAAAAUUGCUGCAGAAAAUGACAGACCUCAGACAGAUUGUAACAGAACAUGUGCAGCUGUUGCAAAUUAUAAAGAAAACGGAGACAGAUAUGAGCCUUCAUCCACUCCUACAAGAGAUUUACAAAGACUUGUAUUAAGGGAUGUAGAAUUUCUAAUCCAUUGACAUGAUGUACGUUGUUCAAAUUGCACUACUUCUUUGAGAGGGAAAAAUAUUACAUACUUAAGAAAUUACUGUGAAGAAAAAGCAUUUUAAAAAGAGAGGCAGAGCUUUUACUAUUAUAGAUCUAUUUUAUGCCUAUUGUUUAUAAAGACACAUUUACAAUUUACUUUUAAUAUUAAAAUGUGUAUGUAUAUAUAUAUAUUAUAUCAUUAAAUUGUUGACAGUAUUUUCCAGAUUAAUUUU